AUGAUGGCGGACAAGAGUGAGGUUGAGGGAGGGGUAAAUGUGAAAGUUCAACCAAGUCCGUCAAUCCCCUCCGGCAACGACAAUGUUUGGGCGGAUGUUUCGUCUCUCCUCCAGCACGCUUGUGAUGAUCUUCGAAAUGAUGAGCUCAUAACUGGGGAGAAUUUUAAUCUCUUCUCGGCCAUGUCUGCUUUAGAGAUAAUGGACCCAAAGAUGGAUUCAGGUAUUGUUACCACUUAUUACUCUGUUGAGGAAGCCAUUGAUAAUGGUGCUGCUCCUGUUCCAUUGAGCUUCGAUAGAACAGUAGAUACUCAACGCGUUAUUGAUGUAAUGGAUCAUCUGCUAGCUUGUGAGGCGACAUGGCAUAAAGGAGGGUCAUUAGCUCAAACAGUUUUUUCUUGCGUUUACCUUUUGAAGCCUGAUAGAACAUCAUCUCAUGCUCUGCUACAUUGUUUCUGCCAAGUUAUUCGUGCGACUUGCAAUGCCGUUCUUUCAGUUGUUGCAGAUACACGCGCAAAUGAAGAAGAAGAUCUUUUCGUUAUGGCUUAUGGUCUACCACUAAAGAUUGAUGGAGAUGAAAAAUGCUUGUCGAUACUACAUGCUGUGGAAGAAACAGUUUCUAGGAAACUAAAGGCUUGUAAAGCACCAUUGUCUGGAAAGAGAGUUGUAGAAGAUGUGGAACCACUACAAUCUAAUCUGAAGUGUGAAGAAGGAUUUUGUAAAGCCAUAUUAUGCCGCUUACGCUUUCGUAAGCACUUUUACCAUGCGUUGACGUGCAUGAGGAAACCUCAAGGCAAAGGCUUAGAGCUUGCUAAGAAACAUAUUAACUCCUGCCUAACUGAGCUUGAUGAGAUGCUUAAAUCAGAAGAAUUUCUGAGGAAAACAUAUGCAUCUGAAACUUUAGAGGAUGAAAUAGAAGAUAAAACAACUGCUUCUGGCUGUCAACCUGUUGGCUUUGAUCCUACGUUAAACAGUAGGUCAGCAGCACCAACUCCACCUCGCUCAAUUAAACUACUGAGCUGGAAAAAGGCAGUUCAUUAUUUCAAGAAGCUACUUCACGAUCUAGAAAUUGUAUGCUCAUACUCUUUGGACACUGUCCUUGAAGGUGCUUUGCGCUCUUUGGUUGACUUUCAGAAGUUUCAACCAGAUCUGGUCGCUAGAGCUUAUGUCCAGUUGCUACUGGUACAAGAUGGGAAACUUUAUGGACGUGAAUCCAUGUUUGGUGUUGUUUGCAAAGCUGCUCUACUAUCUGAUGGAGCAAAGAAUCACGACAUACAGAAGAACGAAACUGUUUCACAGCUGGGGCAGUUGUUAAUGAGUUUGCUUAAACUCCUUUGUGCUAAUACUGCAUGGCAACGACGUAAACUUGGGAAGAUCUUGCAGGAUUGGCGAAUAAUAUAUGUACAGCUGGAGUUGGCUUUUAGGAAUGAGUUUGGGGAUUCUACAAGCACUUCCAUUGAUCAG